CCCGCUUCCCACGUUUUGCUUCACGCUGUCCGGUCGAAAGUCCGAACCUUUUCGACUGACAAAAGCCACCUUUUCCUUCUCCACCGACGAGACCCCCGAGACAUGGCCGGCACCAUCCUCGUCACUGGCGGCUCCGGCUACAUCGGGAGCCACACCGUGCUCCAGCUCCUCCUCGGCGGUUACAAGACCGUCGUCGUCGAUAACCUCGACAACUCCUCGGACGUCGCCCUGGAGAGAGUCAAGGAGCUCGCCGGCGAGCACGGCGCCAACCUCUCCUUCCACAAGGUGGAUCUACGAGACAGACCUGCUCUUGAGAAGGUGUUUGCAUCAACGAGGUUCGAUGCUGUUAUACACUUUGCUGGACUCAAGGCAGUGGGUGAAAGUGUUCAGAAGCCAUUGCUUUAUUAUAACAAUAACCUCAUUGGCACUAUUACCUUGCUGGAAGUCAUGGCUGCUCACGGAUGCAAGAAGCUCGUCUUUUCAUCAUCUGCCACUGUUUAUGGUUGGCCCAAAGAGGUCCCCUGCACAGAGGAGUUCCCAAUUUGCGCAACGAACCCAUAUGGAAGGACAAAGCUUUUCAUAGAAGAAAUUUGUCGCGAUUUAUACAAAUCGGACACGGAGUGGAAAGUCAUACUUCUGCGAUACUUCAACCCAGUCGGGGCACAUCCCAGUGGCUAUAUUGGCGAGGAUCCUCGGGGCAUUCCAAACAAUCUCAUGCCAUUCGUGCAGCAAGUUGCAGUUGGUAGGCGUCCCGCACUCACAGUUUUUGGAACCGACUAUUCAACUGUAGAUGGGACAGGGGUGCGUGAUUAUAUCCACGUUGUAGAUUUAGCAGAUGGACAUAUAGCUGCAUUGCGGAAGCUAGACGAAUCCGGUGUUGGUUGUGAGGUGUAUAACUUGGGAACUGGCAAAGGGACAUCGGUUUUGGAGAUGGUUGCUGCAUUUGAAAGAGCAUCGGGAAAGAAAAUCCCGCUUGUGAUGGCUGGGAGGCGGCCUGGGGAUGCUGAAAUCGUCUAUGCCUCAACAGAAAAGGCCGAACACGAGUUAAAUUGGACGGCAAAGUACGGUAUAGAGGAGAUGUGUCGAGACCAAUGGAACUGGGCCAGCAAGAACCCAUAUGGCUAUGAAUCUCCUGAAGCUACAGCCUAACUCAGAGAUCAGAUGCUUAAGGGCCAUGCUGAGGUCUUGAUCACCCAUGUCUGCCUGCCACUUCCAUCUGCAUUGUUGCAAACUCUUAUUUGUUUUUGAAAUUAAGUGCAAUCACCGUCAUUCGGCUGUUUUGACCAAAUGAACUUUCUUCAAUAAUGGAGCAAACUCGCACUUUGAGAAUCACGUCUUCAAAAAUAUUGAGAAGUUACUGCCAUUCUUAUGUAA